AUGGAGGUCCGCUUUGUGCCCCAGCAGCCGGAACGUUCGUCGAAGCGUAAGCAGUUCAACACGGCAUGCGAGAUAUGCAGGAGAAGAAAGAAACGAUGCGUCCACAGCGAUUCCGUUCCCACUCGAAGUCCUUUGGACGGCUACAACCCGCCUGUUCCCCAGUCGUCCAGCCCUCCGGUGACUGGAAGAGACAUACAUCCAGAUAGCGACCUUUUGCGACACCGGCCUAGCACUGCUACACGGCAUGGCAAAACAUCGCCCUUUCACACCCCCGAUCGCAAUCCUCCUGAUGAGGUGGAGAUGUCAUCUGGCAGGGCUGGCUCCACCACAAAUGCGCUGGCAGGCGAUGCUCCACAUGCCCCAUUUGCUGUCCCAAAGCGCUUCGUUGGGGAUCUCAAUCCAGAGGCAUUGUUUUUAAAUAGUGCUACAGCCAACCGCGGUUCUCCGCGUUCGCCACAUGAGAUAGGUGUUUGGCUGGAAGGGGGUGGUUGGGACACGGUGCUACGAGAGAAGGAGAAACAGAAAGGAAGAGAUCCUCCUCAUCCCGCCACAAUUCGCCCUGCGUUUACAAAUCCUGGCAAUGAUCGAGCUUCCCAGUGUGCUUUGGACUAUAGUGCUUAUGGCUUCCGACACGGCCUACUGGCUUCGAAAUUGCCUGAUGCUCUUGUUCAAGCGGUGUUUUUGGCAGUCUCGAGAGAUUCCCUGGCGAAGCCCCAUCUCCAACACUAUCCCGGUACCUCGUUAGUCAUUGGACCACGUGAAUUUUCCAAGGCGGUGUAUGCAUCGAUCCUUAAGGGAAUUAGAGAUGGUACGCAAUACGAUAAGGUCACCUUGAUCCGCAUUCUUGCCUUGCUAUCUUUGCAUAGCGCCGGCCCUGACGGUGCCGAAGAGGCAUCAUUGCAUCUGGCGCAAGCAAUACAUCAUGCCCAAACCAUUGGAUUACAUCUCGGUCGUGGAGGCCAUUCUAAGCACUACGACUCUAGAAAGAAGUUAUUCUGGUGCUUGUGGAGCCUGGACAAGCUCAAUGCCGCUAUAAAUGGAAGGCCAGUGAUGAUCAGCGACCAUGAUCUUAGUAUUGAACCUUACUCAAGCUCGCAUGGAGACUCAGGGUUCGAAAUAUGGUUGAGAUUAGCAACAAUGCUACGGGAUAUGAUCGGCCUUUAUCGCCCGUCAGCACCGGACUCGGCCACCGGUUGGGAGGAUGAAUUUCCAGGAUUUGAGGAUAUAGUAGAGCAAUAUAGGGGAUGGUCUCUCAGCUCCUCAUCACUAGUAACGUUGCAUUUAUUCUAUCUCAGUGUUGCUAUAUUGUCUUCGCGGUCAAGAUCAACUAACAGCACUUACUGCUCGACGCCUUCCUCCGUCAGACAGAGUCCGUCUGCUACCUAUGUUACAACCCUCAUUUGCGGGACCGAGCCCUCGGAUCUUUCGGAUAUUCUUCCCCUACCCCUUGUGCCUGACGGUAUCUCGCUUGCUCUUGCUAUCGCAUAUAGGAAGUUGCGUCAGAGCAGGCUCCCUCAUCUGAAAAGACAGGCAGAACAGGAGUUUGAGAGAUGCUAUUGGGCUCUCGAAGGCCUUCGACAUACAUGGUGGUCAGCUGAUAUUAUGGCGACGCUUGCCCGCACUGUACUUCGCGAGAUCCAUAAAAGCUCAAAUAUGUCGAAUCGAGGGUCCCGGUCGCAUCCGAGCUUGAACGCCGCCGGCACUCGACUUGAACCCUCCCUUCCAUCGCCAUCGAGCCCUGCUCAGAUGUCACAAAACAGGCCAGGGGGACAUGGUCACACUGAAGGCCAAAUAAGAAGCCCUUUCGAACCCCGCAACCAGGCCGCCAAUGUAAACGACGGCCAACAAACAAACGAGCUGGAUCUCCUGAGACAGGGAGGUUUUGGGGUACAGGACCCAUUUGACGAUAUCGAUCAUAUAUUCGGAACCUACCUUGACCCCAAUUUUCCUGUUAACUAUGACGACUUUCUCAAGAUAGAUGAUCUGGGACAGUUCGGAUUGAACAAUGGCCGAGUCCACAAUGUCUCGUGA